AUGCCUUGUUCCAGUACGCUAGGGAUACAGUGGGAUGUGGAGAAAGAUGAAUUCUUCUUCAAAAUUGAAGACAAUCAGGCAGCAUUGACUCGUCGAGGGAUUUUAUCUAUGGUUGCUUCAGUGUAUGACCCCUUAGGAUUCCUGGCUCCAUUCGUUCUGAAGGGCAAGAUACUGCUGCAGUGCAUGUGUCGCAGUGGAAUCGGAUGGGAUGAUCCUCUCCCUGCGGAGUUGGCACCUCAGUGGAAGAAGUGGACAGCAGACUUUCUCAAUAUUGCAUUGAUACGGAUACCACGUUGUCUGAAACCCUAUCAUUUCGAAGAAGUCAAAGAAAUACAACUCCAUCACUUCUCAGACGGAAGUUCCCAAGGAUAUGGCCAGUGUUCUUAUCUCAGGAUCCAAGAUGAGCAUGACCAGGUACACUGCACACUGCUGAUGGGCAAGGGUAGAGUAGCCCCGACCAAAGUUACGACAAUACCCCGUCUAGAGCUAACUGCAGCCGUGGUGUCGGCGAAGGUCAGCAUGGUGCUCAAGAAAGAACUCCACCUGCAAAAUGCAAAGGAAAUCUUCUGGACUGACUCUCAGGUAGUGUUAGGAUAUAUUGGCAACGAAGCAAGACGCUUCCAUACAUUUGUGGCCAAUCGUGUUCAGAUGAUCCGAGAGAACACGGAUCCUGAUCAAUGGUUUCAUGUAGAGACUGACUCAAAUCCAGCAGACCAUGCCUCGAGAGGCCUUACGGCGUCGGCUCUUCGUCAGUCUACGUGGUACAGAGGCCCGGAGUUCCUACAGAACCCGAAUUUUGAGUGCCCCUCCAAGGUUGUGCAAGAACUGUCCCUAGAAGAUCCUGAGGUGAAGAACUUGACUGUCUUCAACACUAGAGUGAAGGAAUCAGUAAAUCCGAGCAUCUUGUCACGACUGACAAAAUUCUCUAGCUGGACCGCUGUAGUUCGACCAAUUGCCAGACUCCGGAGAAGAGCUAAAGGUAGUAAGGAUAAGAGUAUUGCGAACGUUCAAGAGCGACAGGGAGCAAUCUUAUUCCUGGUCAGGUUGGUGCAGGAACAAGAGUUCAAAGAGAAACCUCCUGUCAAAGACCUGGACCCCUUUACCGACGAUCAUGGGAUAAUACGUGUAGGAGGCCGCCUGAGAAACUCGUCACUCCCAUUCAAGGUCAAACAUCCAAUCAUUUUACCCAAGAACAGUCACAUUUCGAAGCUUAUUGCAGCUUCUUAUCACCAGAUGGUGUACCAUCAAGGCCGUGGUAUUACUCUGAACGAAAUUAGAGCAAAUGGAUUUUGGAUCAUCAGUUGCGGUAGGGUGACAUCUGAUCUUAUCCAUAAAUGUGUAGUCUGCAGGAAGAAUCGACGUCCUACUCAAGAACAAAAGAUGGCAGAUCUACCAGAAGAUCGCGUCGAGUCGUCUACACCAUUCUCAUUUAGUGCGAUGGAUUGUUUUGGGCCCUUCCUUACAAGGCAAAAUCGCAAAGAAUUUAAGAGAUAUGGUCUCCUGUUCACCUGUCUAUGCUCCAGAGCUGUUCACAUAGAGUUACUGGAUGAUCUCACGACUGACGCCUUUAUCAAUGGGCUCAGGUGCUUCAUCGCCAUACGGGGGAAAGUUCGUCAGAUCCGAUCGGACCAAGGUAGUAACUUUGUGGGGGCAAAAAAUGAGUUGUGUGCAGCCUUGAAAGAGCUGGAUAAUGAAAGGCUAGCGUCCUACUUGGCAAACAGAGAUUGUGACUUCCUCAUGAAUGUGCCUUAUUCGAGUCAUGUCGGUGGUGUUUGGGAACGCCAGAUCCGGACUAUAAGAAGUGUCCUUGGUGUAGUGGUUGGACUUUGUCCAAGCAGAUUGGACGACUCUUCACUUCGUACACUGUGUUAUGAAGUCAUGGCGAUAGUGAAUAGUCGCCCCCUCACGGUUGACACCAUAAAUGACCCUACAANACUGUUUCAACAAUAG